GAAAUAGCAAACCCAAAGUGCAACAUAACUUUGACCUUCACCCAUCUCUGUAUUUUCUCCUCGCUCUGCUCUGUUUUUUCCAUUACAUAUAAUCCGCCCCUCUUCUCUCUUCUUCUAAAUCUCUUCUGGUUUUCAGUAGACUAAAUAUAGUUAUGGCUAUGGAGUUUAUGAAGGCAGGUAAGAGAGACGACAUUUUACCUCCCAACGCGGAGGAAACAGCCGUCCACGAGGCGGCGGCUGCCGGGCUCCAGAGCGUCCAGAAGCUUAUCAAUUUACUUUCCCAAUCUGAGAAUGAAAGCAAUAGUUUGCCGCAAUUACCCGCCGGUUACCAAGCGGAGGCGGACGCCGCCGUCGCGAAGUUCAAGAAGUUCAUUUCGGUGCUGGACCGUUCCCGAACCGGGCAUGCCCGUUUCCGGAGGGGCGCGUUUUCCCCGCCGCCGUCUCAAAAGCAGAGCAAAACAGAUCAAAGCGAGACUGGUCGGAUUCGGGUCAGUCAAGAAUCCGGAAAGGGUCAGCCGAUUUGCCCGAAGCUGGUUCAAUCUCUGCCGCCGCUUCCACACCACCACCACCAAUUACCAGCGGCGAAAGCGGUUGAACGAAAAGAGCAGCCGCCCAGCAUCAGUUUCGCCGCCAUUGCGGCGGCUUCUCCGGCCGGCUCUAUUAUCUCAUCUGUAACAGGGGAAACAGAGGGCGGGAUUACGAAUCUCUCCCAAGUUUCCUCCGCCGGGAAGCCGCCGCUCUCAACGUCGUCGUUUAAGCGCAAGUGCAGCGCAAUUGACGAUUCUACCCCUAACAGCAGCAGCGCUAUCGGGUCGGGUUCGGGUCGAUGCCAUUGCCCCAAGAAGAGGUAACAAAGUCAACGCCAUAUCUCAUUAUGGCCUCUCAUUAUCACCCACCAAUCAAAUCAUUAUUAUUAUUAGGUACUUUUUGAUUUUUUUUAUAUAUUUUCGUAUCAAUUUUGAACAGGAAAUCAAGGGUGAAGAGAGUGGUUAGAGUCCCAGCUAUUAGCCCUAAAAUGGCUGAUGUCCCCCCAGAUAAUUAUUCGUGGAGAAAAUAUGGUCAAAAACCAAUCAAGGGAUCUCCCCAUCCUAGGGGAUAUUACAAGUGUAGUAGCAUAAGGGGAUGCCCAGCAAAGAAACAUGUGGAGAGGGCAGUGGACGAUCCUACGACGUUGAUUAUCACCUACGAGGAAGAUCACAACCAUUCAUCCCAUUCUGGGGCCCAAGCUGCCCUACUCCUCAAGUCAUCCUAGCCGUACAAUCCUCAUCCGAUCCAACCACAGCCGUUCAAUUUGCCCGAUGGGCGAGGACAAAGAAUCAGAUUUGAUUUAAAGACGAUCGGGCCGGUCAACUCUUAGAUUCCCAUAGAAAUACGGGAAAGUGACAGGGGGGAGGGGGACCCACCGAUUCGUGAUUCGUUCCAUCUGUUUAUUCGCCGUUGAAAUCUCACGAUUCUGCGUGGAAAAAAGAAGUUAAAGCUAAAGAUGUAAUUUUGGGGAAUUGGAUAUAUCAAUGCAAUUAGUUGACGUUUGCUUCUACGAAUGCCUUUUUUCCUUUACCGCGCUUACUUCAACGGGUAUCUGCUUAUGCUUUGUUUGGUGGGGACACGAAAAAUGAAAAGAGAGAAAGAGUAAAGAGAGGAGGAAGAGUGAUAGGUGGGUUUAGACUUUUAUGGCUAUGUAUUGUUUGAUAUGCUAGUAAACGAUAAAACGAAAAGAGAAGGGGGAUGAGGUAUUUGACAAUGAAUUUGUUUCAUUGUAUGAGUUUUUAACAUAAAUAAUAGUAGAGUGCUGUUCCGGUCAGGAAUUUCCUGACCGAGCCCCGUCCGGCCUCCUCCAUUUGGGGGCCUUCCGG